UAUAAUAUCCUUUUUGUUUUAUUAUAUAUAUAAUAUUAAUUAUAUGUUCAUGAACCACUCCUUUGAUCGCAUUCUUGAAAAAAGGAAAAGCAGAACAAAGAGAGAAGAGGAGCAAGGAGUUGUUCAGCUUCUGGCAGACUAAGAAAGAGAAUGCCAACGGACCAAGAAAGAGAUCCAGUGGCAAUCCGCAUUAGCCACAAGCUUGACGGAUUACCUGCUGCUUCAAUAUCCUUCAACAACUGUCUCUUGGGAGUGCGCGAUCCACUGCACAACGUCGACAAACCCACAAGCGUCGCCAUCGGUCCUCGGUAUCGAGGCGAGAGGGAGCUGCAAGAAAUGGAGAAGCAAAAGCUCAAAUACCUGAAACAGCUUCUUGAACGACUAAGGGAGAACACUGUGGAUAAAUACGUGGUGGAAAUUCGAGGAUUGGAACAAAGGGCAUGGGAAUUUCUUCAUCUAGAUGAUCAGACGACGAGUUUUAGCAGAGAUGAGUUUGUGGAAAUGUUGCUUCUUGAUGGCUGCUGCAUUAUCGAGCUGUUUCGCAGGUACAAAAACAAAGACAAGCAGCAAGAAGAAGACCAUGAUCUUAUCAUGGCCAAGGAUGAAGUUCAAGCGAGCCUAAGGCGAGAACUGAGGCGAGACCUGAUUCUACUUGACAACCAGAUCCCGUUCUUCAUCAUCGAUCACUUGUUCAAGAAGACUAGGCUUCGGAGCGAACACAAUGACGAUAUCAUCCGCUUGGCUUUAGGGUUUUUGAAAUGGGUCGUGCCAAACCAGAGACUAGAAGUCGUCAACAACGGCACCGAAGUGAAACAUCUCCUUGGCCUAGUUCAUCACAGUUGGGGUUGCCAAUUCAUCAGAGCUCUCAAUAACAACCGCCCAGGCGAUGCGGACAAGAAAUGGGGCUUCGUGGAUUCGGCAACUGAGCUGCAAGAAGCUGGAGUUGAGUUCCAGAUGGUCAAGACAACGAACUUGUUCGACGUACAGUUCAACAGUGGCAUUAUGGAGAUCCCACGUCUAACCAUCAAAGAAUACACCGAAUUUCCCUUUAGGAACAUAGUUCUCUACGAGCAACGCCAUCUUCAAGCCGAUCAGCGGAAGUACGUUAGCGACUACAUGGCCUUCAUCAAUUGCCUGGUGAAUUCCCCCAGAGAUGUUCAACUGCUUCGCCACAGAAAUAUCAUUGAAAGCUCCAUAGCUAACGACACCACAGUUUACAACAUGCUGAAAGACUUGUCAAGGUUGGUGCAGAUAUCUUCCGAGAACUUCUGUUACUUCCAAGUAUGCCUGGACGUGAACCGCCAUUGCAGGCAGCGCAAAAACGCCUGGAUCGCAAAGCUCAAGUUUGCAGCCUUCUUGUUGCUUUUUCUCACCAUUGUUCAAACUCUAUUUUCUGUUCUUGCGUACUUCAAAGGCAGCUAAAUAAGUAAUUUGUUUUGGAGAUCACAUCAAGCUAGCCAUAACCAAGAAAAAAACACAGCAGACUCUUGAUCCCCUUUUGCUUCAUCUGAAGCCAUUACCAUCCGCACCCUUAAUUAGAUCUCCUCUGUUUUAGCUUAAUCCUUCUUCUGUUGGUUUCGCCUCUUCCAAACUAAAUCAUAUAUAUAUAUAUAUAUGUAUAAAUUUGUUCCAAAUUAAAUAUCAAGUGAAUGAGAAGGAUAUUGAGCUA